AUGAAGGUUAUGGUAACUAUACAUUCCGUUUCUGGUCUCAAGGACAUGGAUGGUCUUUGGGGCAAGACAGACCCUUAUGUUGCGUUGUCGUACGGAUCUAGCUCGUGGCAUACCGCCACUCAGAAGGAUGCAGGUUCUGAGGCAGCUUUCGAGGAAAGUUGGACCUUUGAAACCGAAGAGGACCUCUUGUCCGAAGUUAAAAUUAAAGUGAGAGACAACAGGACAAUGAUGCUAGACGGAGUCUUGGCCGAAGGGGCCAUCGGCUUCGAACAAACAGCGGGCUACCAUUUCAGCGGCGAAAUCGGUCUCAUAAACAAAGAUCACGGCCACGAACCAGUCCUUAAGUUUACUCUGAAAUGCCAGUAA